UACAGCAGAGGUUUCAUGAUGGCUGACCUGAGCACAGUGUCUCUUCCCCCAGCAUCAUUUGGCCUAGAUCCUGGAGCAGAAAACAUGACUGAAUGCGUACUGUGUGAUGCACCACCAGGGACCAUCUACGGCAUCACUUGGCUCAUCUGUCUGUUCGGGCUGGUGGGGAACGGGAUCGUGCUCUGGUUCCUCAGCUUCCACAUUAAGAGGAACCCCUUCACUGUCUACAUUCUCAACCUGGCCGUCUCUGACACUUUCUUCCUCCUCUGCUCGACUGCUUAUCUCAUAGCUUGUGUGAUGGAAUAUCCAUUUUGUGUGAAUAAUGUUUUUAUUUACAUAUUCCUGUUAUUUAACUUGCUGUGUCUGUUGACGUACAGCACCAGCCUGUACCUCCUGACGGCCAUCAGUACUGAGAGGUGUCUCUCCGUCCUCUAUCCCUUCUGGUACCAAUGCCACCGGCCAGAACACAUGUCUGCCAUUGUCUGUGCCCUGCUCUGGGCUCUCUCCAUGCUACUCUCCUGUCCAGUGGGUGUUUUUUGUCUUGUUCUUCCAGGUGAACACUGUAUCAUAUCCUUGCUACCCACCUGUUUUCUGAAUGUCCUGAUAUUCGCUCCCAUCAUGGCUCUGUCCAGUCUGACCCUGUUCAUCAAGGUCCGACAUAGCUCACAGCAACAUCAGCCAGGAAAGCUCUAUGCUGUUAUCCUGCUCACUGUCCUCUUCUUCCUCCUCUUCACUGUCCCUCAUAGUGUCCAGAUCUUCCUCCUUUAUCAUAACAUAUUCGAUUCCAGUGAGAUAUUUCACAUGCUGGCCUCUGCAAGCAGUGGCAUCAACCCAUUUAUUUACUUUCUAGUUGGGAGCUAUGGGAAGCGGCAAUUCCGUGGCUCCAUCAAGGUCGCACUCCAGAGGGUUUUUGAAGAGAAGACAGAUUCCAGAGAAGAUGGAGAGACAACCAGUGCAGAGCCAAUGAACACUGUCACUUAAUUCCCUACAUCACCCAGUCCUGGAGACCCUGUUCUUAGGAUGGAGAUUUACCUAGAUCCCAGAAUCAAAGAACUUAGAAUGGGAAAGGACCUGGUAGGUCCCUUGCUAAUU